GGCUUCUGGACUUCAUAAUUAUGAUUUUACCACUAAUCUAAGCCCAAAUUACGAGGCUCCAAAGCUUAAACUCUCCCUGUUGAAUGUCACAGCCGGUAUUACCGCCCUCAACAGCAUCUCUCGUUUCAACAGACAUGCUCCCUCGCGUCUCUCCUUUCCUCCGCUUGCUCCCUCCCUCCGCCACUCCUCCCAUGGCGCGUUUCGCUAUCACCAAGCCUUUCCUUCUCUCUUCUUCAACCAUUUCUCUCUUUCCUCACAACACUAAGCCUUUUCCCUCCCCAUCUUUCUCCAAUUCCUCCGUCUUCGGGCGGAAAUUCCACGCGCUUUGUACCGGUAAAGAUGAGAAGCUAUUUAAACCAUCUGUCAAGAUCUGCACCGAAAGAGACAGUACCGGAAAGUGAAGAGACGCGCCACCAAGAGUAAAGAAAAAGAGUUGGAGCUGGACGUUAGCAUUUGCAUUGAAAACGAGCUGCCUGAUGACCCUGAAAUCUCGAAUGUAGCAGAACUGCUUCGACUGAAUGCGCCGAUGUCGAUGAAGUCGGCCUUUAAUGGUUUGAAUGAUUCAAAGUACAAAACAAUAGACACUUCUAUAAAAGACUUGGGUGGUUUCGAAAGUAUUGACUUGUCUAUACUCCUUUGUAAUGAUGAUUUUAUUCGUAAGCUUAACAAAGAAUGGAGGGACGAGGACCAUUCUACUGAUGUUCUCUCCAUGUCACAGCAUGUUCCUGAACUAGAACUUCCAGUUCUCAUGUUAGGUGACAUUGUAAUUUCAGUUGAAACGGCUGCAAGACAAGCUGAGGAAAGAGGGCAUUCACUUCUUGAUGAAAUACGCAUCCUCAUGGUUCAUGGGCUGUUACAUCUUUUGGGUUUUGAUCAUGAGAUUAGUCGGGAGGCCGAAGCAGAAAUGGAGGAGGAAGAAUCUCUUUUGAAGAGUCUUGGGUGGAAGGGAAAAGGAUUGAUACAGAGUGCAUAUGAUUCUGAAACUAAUGCAAAUCUUCAUAUCGAGCAGUCGGAUGACAGGAAGAAAGAAGGAAGUCUCCGAUUCUAUAAACCAAAGUUCAGUUAUAUCUUCUGCGAUAUGGAUGGUACAUUUUUGAACAGUAAAAGUCAAAUUUCAUUUACAAAUGCUAAAGCAUUGAAGGAGGCAUUGUCAAGGGGUGUAAAGGUGGUGAUAGCCACUGGAAAAACUCGUCCAGCUGUGAUAAAUGUUUUGAAGAAGGCCGACUUAACAUAGAGGCAUUACAAAGAAAUCAACUUAACAUAGGAGAUGAAGUUCGAAUUUACAAGCUACAGGUCGAAUGUCCCAACUCUCUCCAUCUUAAAUAAAAGUGCCUUGUGUUUGAUCUUUGGCACCCUCCUAAGACUUGAUUAAUAGUGAAACUCCAAUAACCAUUAUCUUAAUUCAAACUUUGCUUAUUAACCUCUUUCAACUUGACCAGCAGUUCUCACAUACGCUGACAGCAAUAUUUGAGAUCUAAACAGCCAAGAGAUUAACAAACCAGCCAAUUUUUAUUGCUGUAGACAAAGAUAUAAUAUUAACUUCUAUACUGACUCAAAAUCAGUAUAAAACAGUUAGAAGAAUGUUGACUAAACCAUUAAAAAUCAGCUCUGAUUCUGAAUGACAUGGUAUAUGGUCCUCAACGGUGUAUCUGACAGGCUUCUCACUUUCUAUUUUUUGGAUGAACUUCUCCAUAGGCGUAGCAGUGGCCUUCGGUACAUGAGCCCUUUCUUUAGGCUGCUGGAUGGGCCUGUUUUUUGGCUGCGGCGGCGGCAGCAGCAGCAGUGGUGGUGUAAUUGGUGGUAUUCGAAUUGGUGGUGGUGGUGCUUUAAGAGCUAGUGUUCUGAAAUCUUGGACUAACUAUUUUGCUGGCCUUCUUUGCACAUUUGUAACAG